GUAUAAAAACUUCGCACUUCAAUUCAGUUUCAAGAUAUCUUUUUAUUAGUGCAAAAAGAGUUCAUUAGAAUUUUAUCGGCUGCUUCUUAUUAUAAUUUGCUAUUAAUUUUGUGAGAUGGAGUAUACAUUUUGUUUAUUAUUUCUUUGGGUAGGACGUACAACGUCGGCAAAACUUCCUAUGUAUGAUUUCCCCAAAAAAUUCUCGUUCGGCGUAGCCACGUCAGCAUUUCAGAUAGAAGGUGGUUGGAAUGCUUCCGGAAAAGGAGUGAGUAUUUGGGAUCACCUUGUACAUGAUACGAACGAAAUCAUCGUAGAUGGGUCAAACGCCGACGUUGCUUGUGAUUCUUACAAUAAAGUUGAUUAUGAUAUUCUAUUGUUAAAAGCCCUUGGAGUAAGCCAUUACCGUUUUUCCAUUGCUUGGACUCGAAUACUGCCCAAUGGAUUUAGAAACCACGUAAGUGAAGAUGGUGUGAAGUAUUAUAAUUAUUUAAUAAACAAGUUAUUGGAAAAUGGAAUUGAACCUUGGGUCACUAUCUUCCACUUUGAUAUACCCUACGGUAUGUUUCUGAUAGGUGGAAUGUUCAAUGAAAAAUUCAGUGAAUACCUCUCAGACUAUGCUGAUCUAUUGUUCAAUCUAUAUGGGGAUAGAGUAAAAACGUGGGUUACCAUCAACGAACCUUAUUCAGUUUGCGUAAGUGGCACACGAGUUUUAGGUGAAUAUCGGCCAAACGGUAUAGUAGAAUACCUUUGUGGUCACACCUUCCUCAAAGCACAUGCAGCAGUUUAUGACCUCUACCAGAGGAAAUAUAAAUCACAACAAAAUGGAAAAAUAAGUAUGGCUUUUAACUUACAAUGUAACUAUCCCGAAACGAAUUCAGCAGAAGAUAUAGAAGCAGCAGAAAGGGCCAAUCAAUUUGCAUUAGGUUGGUUUGUCCAUCCUGUCGUGUUUGGAAACUAUCCACAAGUGAUGAUCGACAGUAUUGCCAAUAUAAGCAAAACUCAAGGUUUUCUCGAAUCCAGACUUCCAGUCCUUACUGCUGAAGAUCAAAAAUUGUUAAAGGGAUCUUUCGAUUUUAUUGGACUUAAUAACUAUGAUACGUAUUUAGUGUCAGACGAUAGGAAGGUCGACGUUGAUCCCAGUUAUAUCAAUGAUCAAGGGGUUAAUUUCACAUACUUUCCUAAUUGGACUGUGGAUUACUCUAUUGAGAUGAGGAGUAAGGGUUUAGGUAUUAUUCUGAAUUGGAUAAAAAAGACAUAUAACGAUCCAGAAAUACGAAUUUUGGAGCAAGGCUUUCCAGAAACCUCAACUGACUUAUAUGACCAUAACAGGCAUAAAUAUAUAGUGGCUAGUCUACAACAACUAUGGAAAAGUAUUAAUGAAGAUAAUGUUAAUGUAACAGCGUAUACUUUUUGGAGUUUAAUGGAUAAUUUUGAGUGGGACAAAGGAUACUCGGUGAGAUAUGGACUCAACUAUGUAGAUUUCAACGAUCCUAAUAGGAUAAGAAUACCAAGAUUGUCAGCUAUAACAUACAACCAUGUUUCGACGAAAAAAACAUUACGAGGUUUAUUAUAAUAGACUACAAUUAUUUAUAUGAAUGUAUACAUCCAAAUUUAUUUUUGCCCUCUUUAAUAAAUUUAUUUUUGUUUA